AAUACCAUAUUAAAUACUGUAAUUCAAUAUGCGUACAUAUCUGAAAUUUAAUAGUUGAAUAAUCAACAAACAAUCUGUUUAUAUCAUGUAGAAAUCUCUUACUGAAUGGUUUUAUAGCUUAUUAUGGACAUACAUAAUUAAAGGACAAUAAAAGGAAAUGGGAAGAAACAUUGUUAUUUUUCUAGUUGGUUUAUUCGCUGUUUUGUCUACCUAUAUAAUAUCAUGGAGGAGAGGGACGAAAGUUGUGGACAAACUUUUAGAGGAAUAUGACUAUAUUGUCGUUGGCGCAGGAUCAGCCGGUUCCGUACUCGCCUCUAGGUUAUCGGAAGAUCCGGAAAACUCGGUUCUUCUUCUAGAAGCUGGUGGAGAUGAUAUGGGUAAUAUUAUGUUGUCUACACCAUUUUUAUAUGGACUACUUCAACAUUCCAAAUAUGACUGGGACUUAUAUACAGUCAAACAAGAUAACAGUUUUUUAAACUAUAAAGAAGAGAAAGGUUUUUGGCCACGAGGAAAAUGUUUAGGCGGAACCAGUAAUCAUAACAGUAUGAUUCAUGUUCGUGGCAGUAGACAUGAUUUUGAUGAGUGGGCGUCCAUGGGGUGUGAAGGCUGGGGGUAUAAUGAUGUUCUACCAUACUUCCUUAAAUCAGAAGAUAUUCUCAUUGAUGACCUGAAAGAUUCAAAAUAUCACAAUUCGGGAGGUAUGUUGCCAAUAACUUACAACAACAUUACGUCAUUAUCUGACACAAUAUCUGAGGCUGGAGCAGAGAUAGGAUAUAUGACAACAGAUUGUAACGGUGCUGACAUGAUAGGUAUAUGCCACGUGCAAGGAACAGUUACAGCAAAUGGACUUCGUGCGAGUACAUCAAGAAGUUUUAUCUGGCCAGUCAUGUAUAGAAAAAAUCUACAUAUAUCAUUGCAUUCACAUGUUCGAAAGGUACUCGUAGAAAACAAGAGAGCAACUGGUGUGUCUGUGAUAAAAGACAAUCAGACAUUGACAGUGAAGGCAAGGAAGGAAGUUAUUUUGUCAGCCGGUACUGUGAUGUCCCCACAUAUUCUCAUGCUGUCUGGUAUUGGUCCGAAAACGCAUUUAAAAGACGUCGGAAUCAAUGUUAUCGCUGAUUUACCAGUUGGACAGAAUUUACAAGAUCAAAUGUACAUUAGUUUACCGUGUAAUACAAACACAACAGAUCUCAUCUCACCUUCAGAGAUAACUAGUAUCUCUAGUAUUCUAAACUAUCUGUGGAAAGGUGAAGGUUGGCUGCGGAACACAGGCAUUGUGACAGAUUUGGCGUUCUUUCAACUUGAUGAAGAAAUAAAAAAAAUCAGACCAGGUCAACCGGAUGUACAGUUACACUUCAUACCCCUGUUGACAGAAAAUAGUUUAGAUGCAGUGAAACAGUUUGUGAGCUUCAAAGAUGAGAUUUGGGAGUACUACGAAAAAGUGAAUGAAAACAAUAAUGGGAAGCUUGGAUUUUCUGUAAUGGUUACCGAUUUACACCCAAAAAGUCGUGGUGAAAUUAAACUUAAUAAAAGCGACCCAUUUGGAGUCCCGGACAUCAUUCCAAACUACCUCCAGCAUCCUAACGAUCUUAAAAUGCUUAUUAAAGGAAUGAAAGAAACUGUUCGGCUUCUUAAAACAAAAGCAAUGGGAGAUAUUGGAGUGGAUAUUGAAGAUAAAAGUAGAGUUUUUCCGAAGUGUGCACAUCACGGAUUUCUUUCUGACUCUUACAUUGAAUGUAUCAUAAGACAUUUUGGAACUACAGUGUACCACCCAACAUCCUCUUGUAAAAUGGGUAGAACGGAAGACCCGACCGCUGUUGUUGAUCCUCAACUCAGGGUAAAAGGUAUCCAAGGUUUACGAGUAGUAGACGCCUCUGUCAUGCCAAAAGUAACUUCCGGUAACACAAAUGCCCCAACGAUUAUGAUUGCGGAGAAAGCAGCCGAUCUUAUCAGAAAUAUUGAUACUGUGAAAGACAUCCGUAGGAAGUUGAAACAUAUGUAAUAAUGAUAAGUUGUAUCAACAUACGAGUGAUUAACUUCUAUGAAUAAGUAUAUGAGUGUAGGUAUAUAUAUCGGAGUACCUCAAAGAAAUCCAAGAAAUUUAGUAACAAGAUAUAGACAGCGUUAAUUGAACAUACUGCUUUCGGCAGCUUUGCAAAAAUGUCAUUCUGUGCGUAAGAAACCAAGACUGGUUCUGGCAAAAAUACAAGUACUAGUAUACCUUUUUAAUUAUAAACUUUCACAUCGCUCCAGUGAAUAACACAAGAAUGGUCGAUAUAUUUAUGAUAUUUGCCAGUGAUAAUAGAUUAAAAAUGUGUAUUGUAUCCAGUAUAUUUUUUUUAUAUAUGUUUAUGUUAAACAAAAACUGAAUCUCGCAUCAUAUGUCAAAACGUUUUCUUUUUGUAGGAAACAAUCUAUUUCUUAGGAAAGUAUAAGAUGAAAGUUUAAAGUUUAAGACCAUGACUCGAACUUUUUUUUUAUUAAAUUUAAUGAUAAUUUGUCAAGCGUUAAUUCAACUUCAUAAUGUAGCUCAUAUUAAUUGAUAGGUGAUAAUACAUAAUUUUUACUACAAUAUGACAAAUUGACUCAAUGGUAUAAACAUUUGCUCAUUUGAAAAUGAUUUUACACUAUCACUACAGUCUUAUUUUAUUAUACAUACGAAAACAUUUAAAACACUUUAAUAUGUAAAUUAUAUCUUAAUAUAAAAUGUUGAAAUAUGAUUUAGAUUUAAGAGUAAGAGGUCAAAGAUUCAAAUGACGUUAAGCAAAUUUGAAAUAUCUAAAUACAUAAUAAAUGAAUGUAUAUUAUCAACGAAAAAUGUUACACAAUAUGUUAUAUGCAUUUAAGAUCAAAGAACAUAUCAAAAAGUUCAUGUACUAUAUUUUAAACGAUUUAGAAUGUGAAAUAAAAAGAAGAAAAAAUA